AUGCGGGCGUACUAUAGGGCGAAAGGGGAAGAAACUGCGGGGAUAGCGUAUCGGGCUCGGAUGCAUUGCUUUUUUGCUGAGCUGGAGCCGUCUAUUCCCGUCACGGAACAAAACCUGGCAGACCGAGUUCGGUACAUCAUGCGCUCGAAAAUAUUCGAUGAUGCCGAGCUCGAACGACUACGACGUGAGGCCAUUCCCUCAUCGAAUGAAUUGGCUACGGCUGGGGAUGAGGCUCCUCAGGCGACAGACCAGCUGCCACGAGUAGAAGCCGCCAUGGAUCUUCCAGUUGUGGGUGAUUCAGACGAUGAUGAAAUGGUCUCCCACGAACUAGAGCAAAUGAGGAGUAUAUUGGAAGAGGCGAUUUUAGAAACGCGCAGCAUGCCUCUCGAAAAUCGACCGCGACUUCCCCCGCAUACCCCUAAGCAAGCGAAAUCGGGCUGUCGUGAGGGCUCUUAA